AUGCAAAUUAACUUUCUAGAUGAAAUAGUAUCGUCUCAGUGCGAUGACGUCCUAUUCUUUCCAGCAUUUCGUGAAAAUCAAUUCGGGAGACUUUAUUGCACAAAUUUCCGUUUAUGCUUCGUUCCUUUAACUGUUCAGUUUCAGCACCGUGAACCUUGUUGUAGUAGAAGUUUAGUGAUAUCUGAUGAGUACCAGUUCCCUUUGUGCUCAGUUGAAGCAAUAUAUUUUGCAUCUCUGUCGGCAGCUUUAAAAAUGAAUAUCUACUCUCAAGGGAGAAGAUCCGUUGUUAUGUCAAAGAAGUUCCAUCUGAUGUCCGGACCAGCCUCUCAACUUGACAUUGUGUCGUGCAUAAAAAUUUUUACCAAGGAUUUCCGGGUUUGGACUUUCGACUUGCAGAAAAGCCAGUCUGCUGUUAAUCUUGCUAACAGUAUAUAUCACUUUUCACGUCCACAGUCUCUUUCAAAUUUUUUUCAUGUCUCUUCUAAAGGCGUAAUGGCUUCAUCUCCAUCGCGUUUGGCAGGAACUUCUAUAGCUUUCAAUAAUCAAAAAGAUUGGUUGGAGGAAAUGGAUCGCUGUCAAGUUGACAGAAGCUUUUGGAAAGUUUGUUAUCUUGGUCGUGAUAAGAGACAUCGAGGAGGUCUGGUGCCGAGUUACCCACUCUAUGUCACUGUUCCUUAUGACGUAGCCGACAGUUUAAUCUAUGAAACUCUAGCACCUAGUUGGAGACAUCGUCGAUUUCCGGUGUGGUGUUGGUCCCAUUCCAAUGGCACUGCGCUGCUCAGGUCAUCGAGGUGUUGUCAAGAGUUAAAUGAAACUGAGCUUUGGGAAAAAGUCCUCACACCUGUAUGUCGAGCCCACCCGCGUAAUCGAAGACCUCAUGUGGUAGAUAUAGACGUACCUACUUCUAGAAUAUCAUCUUGCUUUGAAAAACUGCGUGACUUUUGCUCGAUUGAAAAUAUCGCGCAGUUUAACGAACGUGAAAAGGAAUGGUGUUCACUGUUGGAUGCAACUGGCUGGUGUUCUCUUAUAUUUGAGUGCCUUUCUCUUACAAGAAGCAUAUUGCACAAGAUGGAUGAAAACCAACGUUCGGUAGUAAUUACAGAAGACGACGGUUACGACGUUUCGACCAUUGUUUCAUCUCUUGUACAGAUAUGUGCUGAUAAAUACUACCGUACUAUUAGUGGAUUGAAUGUCCUGAUUGAGAAGGAGUGGAUUGCAUUGGGGCACCCUUUUGGCCGUAACAUUUUCCAUUGUACAGUCUCCUCUCGGGUGAAAGUGGGCAGUGUAAGUCAGUUUUUUUUAAAAACUGAGAAUGAUGAAGUAAUGGCUUCUGAAGGAUCAAUUAAGCGUUUGAAAAUGGCAUUGUAUAUUUAUCGAACUGAUACUUUUUACACUUGUUUGUCUCGAGAAGCUAAAAUUUUCUUUUUUCAUAGUUUAUGCUUUUGGCAGUUUUUUCACUGCUAUUUUGGAACAACAAUUUUAUUUAAGUCCUCGCGUUCUUGUACUGCCACUUUCCUGGUUUUUCUGGACUGUUUAUACCAACUUCUUCGUUUAUAUCCUGCCUCGUUUGAAUACUCACAGUAUAUGUUGAUCGCUCUCUGGGAUCUCUGCUUGAUGGGUCUUGCUCCGGCACUGGUGUGCAAUUCGGUUAAUGAUCAGAUUGCUUUAGAAAGAAAUGUUUCGGUUUUUCCUCUUUCUAAAUAUUAUUCUUCAAAGUAUUGUUUAAUGUUUACGAACGUGUUAUAUUCUGCUAGUCAGCUGCUUGAAAUUGAUUGUUUACCUGGAGUAAUUCAGCCAUCAGCAAAUCCCUUCGACGUUGAGUUUUGGUCAGAAUGCUAUUUACGGUGGGUUUCUCCUGCCAGUAUCCAGGAAGGUGGAGCGGUAGCACGGGAUUUAACAGUGAGUGCGAUUCUUGCUAAUGUUCCUUCGUUGGUGCCUUCAUGUGAAUCUGUUGUAUGGCGCCAACGGUUAAAUCCAGCACUUGAUCCGAAAAAGGUUAGUGCAGUCUGA